CUGAAUGGUUACCAGUUAGUCCAUCACCAUUUUGGGAGCUAGAGUUACCACAGACGCUAUUUCUUUUCAUAACCUUCAAUACAAUUGUCCCUCUCUUUCUCUAUGGUUAUAUGGUGAAGUUGUCAGGUCUUUGUGCAAAUGGAUGAGUGGUGUUAGCAGGCUCUGAAGUAUUGAGAAAGAAGAUUAAACCAACCCGAUUAACUAUUCGUCUGUAGGAACCAAAGGAACAGUGUGGUUAGCUGUUAGCCCGGGAUAUGGGGCAUAUACCACAUGUUCUGGGUUUCUUUACACUCCCUAGAUGCUAUUCCACAGUUAUAUUCUUCAUCUGAGCGGUGAAGAAGACCAUGGGUACGAUCAGUCAGGUUCGACUGCUGCUUUGGAAGAACUGGAUCAUACGCAAGAGACAGAAGAUCCGGUUCUUCAUGGAGAUCAUGUGGCCAGUGGUUCUGUUUAUGGGAUUAGUGUGGCUGAGGCGGGCUAAUCCAUUAUAUCGCCAACAUGAGUGUCACUUUCCCAACAAGGCCAUGCCCUCAUCUGGCAUCCUUCCAUGGAUACAGGGUAUCUUCUGCAAUGCCAACAACCCAUGUUUCCAGUACACCACCAAGGGCGAGGGCUCGGGAACUGUCUCCAACUACAACAACUCCAUACUGGCUCGGUUGUAUGUUGAUGCGCAGAAGCAUCUGUUUAGUGACCCUGAGUUCCUGCAACUGGGUCAGCUCUGGAGGGAGAUGUUGACCAUGAGCACCUUUAUGGACACGCUGCGGACCAGCCCAGAGCAGGUCACAGGUCGAGGGCUGAAGGUAGAAGACAUUCUGAAAGAUGAUGAGACCCUGACAUCCUUUCUCCUUAGGGAUGUUCCUCUAUCAGUCACUGUGGUCAAUGAGCUAGUCAGUGCCAAGAUCAGGCCCGAGCAGUUUGCGUUUGGCGUUCCUGAUCUCCACCUGAAGGACAUCGCCUGCAGUCAGACCCUGCUAGAGCACUUCAUUAUCUUGCCCAGCCGCAGGGGUCUGUAUGGGGUGCUCAGCGCUUUGUGUUCCCUCUCAGCGCAGACACUCCAGGACAUAGAGGAAAGACUCUACGCUAAUGUGGACUUCUUCAAACUCUUCCGUCUGCUUCCCCAGGUCUUGGAUAACCAUUCCAGUGGAAUAGACCUACACUUCUGGUCUAGAGUCCUUUCCGCUGCUUCUGAAAAGUGGCGAGAGUUGUCAAAGACGAACAGCUUCAAAGCUCUGGUGGAGGUGAUUUCUCCCCUGUUCCACUCUCCGGGUCCUCCAGGGUCAUCUCCACCAUCUUUGAGCCAGCUGAUAGCAGUUGUGUCCAGCCUGGUAUGUGGCUACACGCAGGAGGGCUUCUCUCAGGUGGCUUCCCUGAACUGGUACGAGGACAACAACUACAAGGCCUUCAUGGGGAUCAAUGACAGCACCCGCGGAGGACAGGGGAAUUACACUCACGACCACACCACCACUCUGUUCUGCAAUGACAUGAUGAAGGACCUGGAGUCCGACCUCAUCACCAGGACCACGUGGAGGUUGGUCAAACCCAUGCUGAUGGGGAAGAUCCUCUACGCACCAGAUUCUCCAGCCGUCAGACAGAUCAUCCGAAAUGCAAACACCACAUUUGAGGAGCUGGAGAGGCUGAGAACGAUGGGUCGAGCCUGGGAAGAGGUGAGCCCUCAGGUCUGGGACUUCUUCCAGGACAGCGUUCAGAUGAACAUGAUCAGGGACACCAUAAGGAAUCCCACUGUGAGAGACUAUAUUGACAGAAGCCUUCAGGACACAGAGUUCUCCUCUAAACACAUUCUGAAUUUCCUGGACAACAGGCCAAUAGAACACAGGGAAAAUGACAUGGCCAACUUUGAUUGGAGGAAUGUCUUCAACCUCACAGACCAAGUCAUCCGCAUGAUGAACCGAUAUGGAGAGUGUCUACUCCUGGAUAAGUUCUCCGGGCUGAAUGAUGAGGAACAGCUGACUCAGAGAGCGCUGAGUCUGAUGGAGGAGAGCAAGUUCUGGGCUGGUCUUGUCUUCAUGGAGACCUACCCGUGGACAACCAAGGUCCCUCCCCACGUCAAGUUCAAAAUCCGCAUGGACAUUGACUCUGUGGAGCGUACCAAUAAAAUCAAAGACAGAUACUGGGACCCUGGCCCCAGGGCGGACCCCAUGGAAGAUCUGCGUUAUGUGUGGGGGGGCUUUGCCUACCUCCAGGACAUGAUUGAGCAUGGCAUUAUCAGGACCCAGACAGGAAAAGACUGGUCUCUUGGCGUCUACCUACAACAGAUGCCCUAUCCGUGCUAUGUAGAUGACGUCUUCAUGCUGACUUUGAACCGUUGCUUUCCCAUUUUCAUGGUGCUGGCAUGGGUCUACUCCGUGUCUAUGAUGGUGAAGAGCAUUGUCCUAGAGAAGGAGAUGAGGCUCAAGGAGACCUUGAAGGCCAUGGGCGUCACCAACGGCGUCCUGUGGGUCACAUGGUUUGUAGACAGCUUCCUCACCAUGGCUGCCAGCACUGCGUUGCUCACAGGGAUCAUCAUGGGUGGAAAGGUGUUGAAUUACAGCAACCCUCUGAUCCUGUUCCUGUUCCUCCUCACCUUCACCACGGCUACCAUCAUGCAGUGUUUCCUGCUCAGUGUGUUCUUCAACAAGGCUAACCUGGCUGCAGCCUGCAGUGGCAUUAUCUACUUCACCCUCUACCUGCCCCACAUCCUCUGCUUCGCAUGGCAGGAGCACAUCACCAAGGAUAACAAGAUCAUGGUGAGCCUGAUGUCCCAGGUGGCUUUUGGUUUUGGGACAGAGUACCUGUCCCGGUAUGAGGAGCAGGGUCUCGGUCUGCAGUGGGACAACAUUCGGACCAGCCCGCUGGAUGGGGAUGAGUACUCGUUUCUCACCUCCAUCUCCAUGAUGGCCCUAGACACCGUUCUCUACGCUGUCCUGGCCUGGUACCUGGACAGUGUCUCCCCAGGGCAGUAUGGAAUUGGUCGUCCAUUUUAUUUCCCCAUCUUGCCAUCAUACUGGCUCAACUACAGAUACCCAAAGCCUAAAGAGUUGGCGAAACCUAGCUUUGACCACCCGGUAAACCAGGCUGGAGAGAAGCAGAAAAUCAAUCAUGAAGCAGGUGACGAGCAGAAGACUACAAAAAUUGUACAAGAGGUUACAUCAUGCAAGCACCAGGACAAACGAGAGCGGCUGGGGGAAACAGACAACGCGGAAGAGGAAGAGAAAAACAAUGUAAACCAAGAGGAAAAACAAAACGGAGAAAGCAAGGGUCUGCCCAGUCACCCCUACUUCGAGGGGGAGCCAGAGGGGCUGGUAGAGGGUGUCUGUGUUCAGAACCUGGUCAAAGUGUUCGAAAGGAGCCAGAAACCGGCAGUGGAUGGACUGAGCAUAGUCUUCUAUGAAAGCCAGAUCACUGCUUUCCUGGGACACAAUGGAGCUGGGAAGACUACCACCAUGUCCAUCCUGACCGGGAUGUUCCCUCCCACCGCGGGCACGGCCUCCAUCUAUGGAAAGGACAUCCGGACGGAAAUGGACACUAUCAGACGCUCUCUGGGAAUGUGUCCCCAGCACAACAUCCUCUUUCACCAUAUGACUGUGGCAGAACACAUCCUCUUCUACUCUCUACUGAAGGGAGGUUCCCUGUCUGAGGCUGAGUUGGAGGUGGAGAACAUGCUGGAGGAUCUGGGAAUGCCCCACAAGAAGGACGAGGAGGCGCAGAACCUCUCAGGGGGCAUGCAGAGGAAGUUGUCUGUUGCCAUGGCAUUUGUGGGCGGUGCCAAGGUAGUGAUUUUGGACGAGCCAACGUCAGGGGUGGACCCAUACUCUAGACGCUCCAUCUGGGAUCUGCUGCUCAAGUACCGAUCAGGACGUACAGUGAUCCUGUCCACUCACCACAUGGACGAGGCUGACCUGCUGAGUGACCGUGUGGCCAUCAUCUCUCAGGGCCGUCUCCACUGCUGCGGCUCGCCGCUCUUCCUGAAAAACUGCUUCGGCGCCGGCUUCUACCUCACACUCGUCCGACGCAUGAAGUACGAGGGACCCAAGACCAAGAUGCAGUGUGACUGUGCUGUGGAGUGCUCCUGUAAGUGCUCCACCUGUGCCGAGUACAAACACGAGUUGUCUCAACCCAAAACCCCCGACAGACAGAUGGACGGGGACGUGUCGAGCAUCACACAGUUGAUCCAUCAUCACGUCCCUGAGGCCUGUCUGGUUGAAGCCGUCGGUCAGGAGCUGACCUACCUGUUGCCCCAUCGAGGGUUCAACCCCAGGGCCUAUGCCUCCCUGUUCAGAGAGCUGGAGGAGACCCACUCUGACAUGGGUCUCAGCAGCUUCGGCGUCUCGGACACAUCCCUGGAAGAGAUAUUCUUGAAAGUGACAGCUGAUGGUGAAGCCAAAGGGAAAAAAACAACUGUGGAAGAGGCAGAUGCGGGGCUCCAGGCCAAUGGGGAGGGCAUUGGAGGGGUGUGUGAGGGCAGGGGGGGGCGGGGCUCCAGACAGGUGAAAGGUCUCUGUCUGAUUCUGAAACAGUUCUUCGCCCUGCUCAUCAAACGGUUUCACCAUGCCACAAGAUCACAUAAAGACUUCUUUGCCCAGAUUGUGUUGCCUGCCAGUUUUGUAUUCAUAUCGCUGAUGUUCACUACGAUCGUGCCGCCGUUUGGCGAGUAUCCCAGCCUAACUCUCAGCCCCUGGAUGUAUGGACGACAGUUCACCUUUUUCAGUAAUGAGCGUGCCACGGAUCCUGAGAUGAGAUAUUUUGGAGAGGUGCUGCUGAACAAGCCUGGCUUUGGGACUCGCUGCAUGGUGGAUGAACCUCUGAAGGACUUUCCAUGUAAUAACAUCACUACGGAAUGGGAGGUGCCGCUGGUGAACCCUGCUUUGAUUGACAUGUUGGAUGGACCAGAGUGGACCCCAGUUAACUCGUCACCAGGCUGCCAGUGUAGCACCCCUAGGAAACUCACCAUGCUGCCUAACUGCCCUGAGGGAGCCGGGGGACUGCCUCCCCCACAGAGGAUCCAGUCGACAGGUGAUGUCCUGUUGGACUUGACAGGCAGAAAUAUCUCUGAUUACCUGGUAAAGACGUACCCCUCCCUCAUCAAGGCCAGUUUGAAAAGCAAAUACUGGGUGAAUGAACAAAGAUAUGGAGGUAUAUCUGUGGGAGGACAACUUCCUGUAUUAGACGUGGACCCUAAGACCAUUCAGGAUGUAGCAUCCCAGCUGGGACGACUGCUCAAUAUUACUGGGGGAAAAUACUCCAAACAAACUCUGCAGGACAUUGGAACCUUCUUACGAUACAUGGAAAGUCAAUACAAUGUCAAGGUGUGGUACAACAACAAGGGCUGGCAUGCCAUGGUGGCUUUUAUGAAUGUAGCCAACAAUGCCAUCCUCAGAGCCAACCUGCCUAAAGACGCCAGCCUGGAUACAUAUGGCAUCACCGCCAUCAACCACCCUCUCAACCUUACCAAGGAACAACUGUCAGAAGUCACUGUCCUGAACACCUCAGUGGAUGCGGUGGUGGCUAUCUGUGUCAUCUUUGCCAUGUCAUUUGUCCCAGCCUCCUUUGUCCUCUAUCUCAUCCAGGAGAGGAUGACACAGGCUAAACACCUCCAGUUUGUCAGUGGGGUCAGUCCCGUUGUCUACUGGAUGGCCAACUUCCUCUGGGACAUGGUGAAUUAUUGUAUUAGUGCAACGCUGGUGGUGGGCAUUUUCAUUGCCUUUGACAAGAGGUGUUACACAUCGUCAACCAACCUCCAACCCCUGGUGGCUCUGCUGAUGCUCUAUGGGUGGUCUGUGACGCCCAUGAUGUACCCCAUGUCGUUCAUCUUCAGCAUCCCAAGUACAGCAUACGUAUCUCUCUCCUGCAUCAACUUGUUCAUUGGCAUCAACAGCAGUGCCAUCACCUUCAUUCUGGACCUGUUUGACAGCGCAUCGACUCUUUAUAAGUGUAACCAACUGCUGAAGAAGGUGCUGUUGGUGUUCCCUCACUACUGUCUGGGCCGCGGUCUGAUUGACAUGGCUAUGAAUCAGGCAGUUGCUGAUGUCUAUGCCCGCUUUGGUGAAGAUUUCAGUCUGGACCCCUACAGCUGGGAUUUUCUAGGGAAGAACCUGAUCUUCAUGACUGCUGAGGGCUUUAUCUAUUUCCUUAUCAAUAUCCUGAUUCAGUAUCGCUUCUUUCUGGAUCACUGGAUCACAGACUGUAAGAAGGGUCCAAUCACGGAGGAGGAUGUGGACGUGGCGCAGGAGAGACAACACAUCUAUAAUGGAGGAAGCAGGAGUGACAUCCUAAAGAUCAGAGACCUCACCAAGACAUAUAUGGGGAAGAGUAAGCCAGCAGUGGACAGGAUAUGUAUGGGAGUGUCGCCUGGGGAGUGCUUUGGCCUCCUGGGUGUGAACGGGGCAGGGAAGACCACCACCUUCAAGAUGUUGACUGGAGACACUGAUGUCAGUUCAGGAGAAGCCUCUGUCACGGGCCACAGCAUCCUGACCAACAUCCUGGACGUGCACCAAAACAUGGGCUACUGCCCCCAGUUUGAUGCCAUAGACGAGCUGCUGACUGGCAGAGAGCACCUCCACCUCUACGCCCGCCUCAGAGGGGUGCCUGAGUCGGAGAUCGGCACGGUGGCAGACUGGGCAAUUCAGAAGCUGGGUCUGGCGGAGUACGCGGGCCGCCCAGCUGGAACCUACAGCGGCGGGAACAAGAGGAAACUUUCCACAGCCAUCGCCAUGAUUGGCUGUCCUCCUCUGGUCCUGCUGGACGAGCCCACCACAGGCAUGGACCCCCACUCACGUCGUUUCUUGUGGAACUCCAUAAUGAGUGUUAUCCAGGAUGACCGGGCAGUGGUCCUCACCUCACACAGUAUGGAGGAAUGCGAGGCUCUGUGUACACGACUAGCUAUUAUGGUCAAUGGAACUUUCCAAUGUCUGGGCACCAUUCAGCAUCUCAAAUACAAGUUUGGUGACGGUUACUUGGUCACCAUGAAGAUCAAAGCUUCCACACCUGGUAAUCCACCUGACCUGAACCCAGCAGAAGCCUUCAUGGAAAGUACCUUCCCCGGCUGUGUCCAGAGGGAAAAACACUACAACACGCUACAGUAUGAGAUCUCCUCCUCCUCUCUGGCCAGGAUUUUCCAGCUGGUCCUGGCCAACAAAGACUGCCUCAACAUAGAGGACUACUCUGUCUCACAGACCACCCUCGACCAGGUGUUUGUGAAUUUUGCCAAGCAGCAGUCAGGAGAGGAGGACAACAUUGUGCUGCAUCCGCGGGCUGCUGGGGCUCGCAGAAAAGAAAUCAAGGUCACACCUCUAAGUUGUCUGGGAAAAUGAAAUGUCCCUUCCCACAUAAUCUCACACAGACACAGACAAACACAACCCAGAGGAUCCAGGAAGAAAGAGCUGAAAGAGAAAUCGUACUGUAAGCAAUUCCAUGCAUAGUGCAUUUCUGCAAGAAAAUUCUAACGCUUAACUGUUACAAAAACAAAUACCCUGUAUCUGCUUUAUGCUGUGAUAAUGCCAAGGAAGAUGUUUGGCCUUUUUUUUUUAGAAGUUUAUAUAAGUUAAAAAGCAGGUUUUAAUAUUAACACUUUCAUGUUAUCAACUUUAACAAGACUUUUGAUUAACUAAAAUGUAGUGCAACGUAGAUAUGGACUGUAAAAAUGCAUCUGCUGCUAUUGAAUUCAUAUUUAAAUAAUGAUGUGGUUUUGUAAGCCUAUACAGUAUGUCCUGUUUUAACUUUUUGCUUUCUCGUGUGGUUACAAUUUUGAAAAACUUUGCAUAUGAAAGAUACAUAAUUAGUUUGCAAGAGAGAAUAUUUUUACAAAAGAUAUCAUGUGAAUCUUGUCUGAGAUAAUCAUUUCAAAAUAAAUAUUUUAUAUAACACUGAAUAUUUUGGUAAAAACAAGUGACACUGAGCUGACGUCAGUACUAGUGUUUUAAAUUAUUAUCAUUAUUUAUUUGUCUAUUUUACAAAGAUAAUUACAUUUUCUAGGGGAGAGUGAGGUAAUAGUAAGUUGUCCCACCCCCUGUAUCUAGACAACUGUACACAAUUUUAGUCAAGUGACGAUAUACUAAGGAAGAACCAAUCAUUUCUAACUGGCAGUGAUGAAGAAAGGUGCAUGGAAAAAGUGGUACCUAUGUUUUUUGAUGGUCAAAGUAAAAUUGUUUUUACAUGUAAGGUAUAAUGACUGUUAUACUGACGCACAGUAUCUUGAGCAAAACAAAUUAUGCAGAAGAUACCGAACUAGUCUAAAGAAGGUUUGAUUGCUUCUUUAAUCAGCGCAACAGUUAUCAGUGAUGCACACAAUAUUGCAAAAGGGUUUUCUAAUGAUCAAUUAGUCUUUUAAAAUGAUAUACUUAGAUUAGCAGACACGAUGUGCCAUUGGAACACCUGAGUAA